CCUUCGAUCUGUCUCAAGAUGAAACGACUGUUUGUUGUGCUCUGCCUGAUCUUUCUGCUGCCCCUUUUGAUGGCGGAAAAUCCACCAGUUCAGAUUCCUGCUGCAAAUCGAGGAAAAGUGCCGAAAACUGUGCCUCAACAGGCUGGAACAGUGGGAUCACGCACCCUGGAGAGUCUGAAGGGGCUGGGAUAGGAGGUCAAGCAGUUAGAGGAUUAUUUUUAAAAAAUGUUGAAUGAAUUUAAAAGUGCUUUAUAAAAUAUUAAUAUGUUGAUUCUUAGAAACCCCUUAAAAAUAUGUUAAGCCUUAACUCAGGAAAUUAAUAUAAUUAUAAUAAAUCAGAAGGGUGUUUGUGGGAGUAUCAUAAAAUAUAUAUAAUAUAAUAUAUAUUUUAUAUAAUAUUAUAAAUAAAUUUAAAAAGUGUUGAUUAUAAAUUUGAGACCG